AUGUCAGAUAUAGAAGAUUCCGACGUUGAAAACUAUGAUAUUGCGGGCAAAUUAGCUUUACGCUCCGACGAUGAGCUGGGCAGCGAUGACGAGCAAAACACAUCGGGAGAAGAAGGAGAGGAGGUUGAACUUCAAGAUGAAAUAGUCUCCUCAGAUGAUGAUGAUGAUGAUGGUGAUAAAGGGAAAGAUACUGGGAAAAUGCCUCCAACCAAGAAGGCCAAGCUUGACCGCAAGCCGGGAUCCGAUUUUGACUUUGCAAGUCUUGAUUUCGAAGCAGAGGAUAACGAAGAGGAGGAUAAAACACUAAGUAGUAUUCUUGCAUUGAGUAAUCCAACCGCGAAGAAAGCAAAAGCGGGAUCGUUUGCCUCUUUUGGAUUUUCAAAGUUUUUACUAGCAAAUAUUGCCAAAAAGGGAUAUAAGCAACCUACACCGAUUCAAAGAAGAUCGAUUCCAUUGAUCAUAGAUAAUAGAGAUGUUGUGGGUAUGGCUCGUACUGGUUCGGGUAAGACUGCUGCAUUUGUCCUCCCCUUGAUUGAAAAAUUAAAACUGCGAAGCCCUAGUGGAGUCAGAGCAGUUAUUUUAUCACCUUCUCGUGAGUUGGCCUUACAAACUUAUAAACAGGUGAAGGAGUUUAGCCAUGGUACGAAUUUGCAAUCAAUUGUGUUGAUUGGUGGUGAUUCUUUAGAAGAGGAUUUUGGAAAAAUGAUGACCAAGCCUGAUAUUAUUGUUUGUACUCCUGGUAGAUUUCUUCAUUUGAAAGUUGAGAUGCAAUAUGAUUUGAUGAGUGUACAGUACAUUGUUUUUGAUGAAGCAGAUAGGUUAUUUGAAAUGGGUUUUGCUGAGCAGUUGAAUGAAUUAUUGUUGGCUUUGCCUUCCAACAGACAAUCCUUGCUAUUCUCAGCUACCUUGCCUAGAUCUUUGGUCGAGUUUGCCAAGGCAGGUUUAACCAAUCCCGUUUUGGUUAGAUUAGAUGCCGAUUCGAAAUUGUCAGAGAAUUUGCAAAUGGCCUACUUUACAACCAAGAGGAAUGAGAGAGAGGCGAAUUUGCUAUAUAUUUUACAAGAAGUUAUCAAGAUGCCCUUGGGCACACCCGAAGAAGUGAAAAAGUUGGCCGCCAUGGACAAGAGGUCUAUCGAAUCCGAUGAAGAGAAUGAAGAAGCUAAAGAACAAAACAAUGGGAAAAAACGAAAGUAUAAAUUCAAAAAAGAGAGAAUGCCUUCUGCCAAAGAGUUGCCGUCGGAGAAGUCAACUAUUAUCUUUGUACCCACGAAGCAUCACGUAGAAUAUGUCACGAGUUUGCUUAAGGAUGCGGGCUAUCUUGUUUCGUACAUUUAUGGUACUUUAGAUCAACAUGCUAGAAAAAAUCAACUUUACCUUUUCAGAAUUGGUCUUACGAAAAUAUUGGUAGUUACUGAUGUUGCGGCUAGAGGUAUAGAUAUUCCAGUCUUGGCAAACGUCAUCAAUUUUACCUUACCUGGAUCUUCUAAGAUUUUUAUACAUAGGGUCGGAAGAACUGCAAGAGCUGGUAAUAAAGGUUGGGCUUAUUCUAUAGUCAAUUCUAGUGAAUUGCCAUAUUUGCUCGAUUUGGAGAUCUUUUUGGGGAAAAAAUUGUUAUUGACUUCGAUGCACGAGGCGAAAUGCGAGUUGUUAAAAAAGAAACAAGGCGGAUCAUUUAUACCUCCACGUAUUAAUUAUACAGAAAGAUUAGUUGUGGGAGCAAUUCCAAGAUUGGAUUUAGAAACAUUCCAGGAACUUUAUGAAAACUUGCUUCGAAACAAUUACGAGAUCAAAGUGUUGAAGGAUGUUGCAGCAAAGGGUGAAAAAUUGUAUCAUCGCACGAGACAGCCAGCCUCUCAAGAGUCCUUGAAACGAAGCAAGGAGAUUUUAGAAACGAAUUCUUGGGACGAUCAACAUUUGUUGUUUGGUGAGAAUUUGGAAAAAAUGAAGGAUGAUUUUCUUGCCAAGUUGCAGAACCGAAAUGUUAAGGAAACUGUUUUUGAGUUGAAGAAAAAAGGUGUUAAGGAGAAUGAUAGUCUUGCAGAAUUUAUGCACAGAAGAAGGCGGCAGCUUGCUCCAAUACAACGGAAAGCACAGGAAAGAAAAGAAUUGCUACAAAAAGAAAGGCUUGCGGGUCUCUCACAUGGUAUCGAAGAGGAAGUUUUGAAAAUUGAUGGUGAAGCCAGUGGAUACAAUCAAAAUGUUGACGAGGCAGAGCUUCAGGAAACUUUCGAACUCGGCGAUGAAGCUCAUAAUAAGAAAAAGACUUUUAAAGAUCCGCAAUUUUUCAUGAGCCAUUAUGCACCCGCCUCAGUCAUUCAAGAUCAGCAAUUAUCUAUUGCAUCAUCAUUUGCAAAUGAUGCACAGGCCGCUACUUUUGAUUUGGAUAAUGAUGACAAGUUACAGAAAAAUAAGCAGCAGGUGAUGAAAUGGGAUAAGAAGAAAGGUAAAUACAUCAACUCCAUGUCAACAGAUAAGAAGUAUAUUAUUAGUGAAAAUGGUACAAAGAUUCCAGCCACGUUUAGAUCAGGCAAGUUUGACGAAUGGAGGAAGCAGAGGAAUUUGAAACCAACCAGUUCAUUGACUAACAACGAAACACCCGAAAACAACAAACGAUUCAAGCACAAGAAGCAAAGCGUGCCUAAGCUUCCAGAUAAGUACAGAGACGAUUACCAUAAGCAAAAACAAAAGGUUGAAAAAGCUCUUGAUUCUGGUAUGAGAGUUAAAGGCUAUAAUAAACCUGGAAUGCAACAGGAGCUUAAAUCGACAGAACAAAUUAGAAAGGCCAGAGCAAUUAAGGAACAGAGAAGAGCCAAGAAUGCACGUCCAAGUAGAAGAAAGUAG